AGCGCUCGGUGCCCGGUGUGCGCGGUGCGUGCUGCGCCGUGUGCGCUGCGCAGCCAUGAACAGCAUCAAGAGCGUUCCCGCACGGGUGCUGAGCCGGCGGGCCGGACACAGCCUGGAGGCAGAGAGGGAGCAGUUCGAUAAGAACCAGGCCAUCAGCAUCAGCAAAGCCAUCAACACACAGGAGGCGCCGGUGAAGGAGAAGCAUGCACGCCGGAUCAUUCUGGGGACGCACCACGAGAAGGGCGCCUUCACCUUUUGGUCCUACGCCAUCGGGCUGCCCCUGCCCAGCAGCUCCAUCCUCAGCUGGAAGUUCUGCCAUGUCCUGCACAAAGUCCUGCGCGACGGCCACCCCAAUGUCCUGCAGGACUGCCAGCGGUACCGCAGCAACAUCCGUGAGGUGGGAGACCUGUGGGGCCACUUGCACGACCGCUACGGGCAGCUGGUGAGCAUCUACACACGGCUGCUCCUCACCAAGAUCUCCUUCCAUGCCAAGCACCCCGAGUUCCCCGCAGGCCUUGAGGUCUCAGAUGAGGUCCUAGAAAAGACAGCAGGCACGGACGUGAAUAACAUCUUCCAGCUGACAGUGGAGCUCUUCGACUACCUGGACUGUGAGCUGAAGCUGUCAGAAUCAGUUUUCCGGCAGCUCAACACCUCCAUGGCAGUGUCACAGAUGUCAGCGGUGCAGUGCCGCCUGGCACCCCUCAUCCAGGUCAUCCAGGACUGCAGCCACCUCUACCACUACGCUGUCAAGCUCAUGUUCAAGCUGCACUCCUGUCUACCGGCUGACACGCUGCAGGGCCACCGAGACCGCUUCCACGAGCAGUUCCGCAGCCUCAAAAACUUCUUUAAGAAGGCCUCUGACAUGCUGUAUUUCAAGCGGCUCAUCCAGAUCCCCCGGCUGCCUGAGAGCCCCCCAAACUUCUUGCGGGCUUCGGCACUGGCGGAGCAUGUGAAGCCGGUGGUCGUCAUCCCUGAGGAGGCCCCUGAAGACGAGGAGCCAGAGAACCUCAUUGAGAUCAGCACAGCCUCCACCACAGAGCCACAGGUCACCUCAGAUAUUUUUGAGCAAACCUUCGGGCCGCCCAACGGCAUUCGGGAUGACAGGGACGCACAGAUUGAGAGCCUGACAAGGGAGGUGGACACACUCCGUGCUGAGAUGGAGAAGAUCAAGCUGGAGGCGCAGCGCUACAUCACACAGCUCAAGGCGCAGGUGAACAGCCUGGAGGGAGAAGUGGAGGAGCAGCGCAAGCAGAAGCAGAAGGCACUGGUGGACAACGAGCAGCUCCGGGAUGAGCUGGAGAGGCUGCAGCAGGCAAAGCAGGACAGCGAGCGGUCCCUGCGGCUCUGCGCCGAGGCAGAAAAGAAAGCCAGUGCCACUGAGAUCCGCUACACGAAGCUGAAGGAGAAGCACAGUGAGCUCAUCAAUACUCACGCUGAGCUCCUGAGGAAGAACGCCGACACAGCCAAGCAGCUGACGGUGACGCAGCAGAGCCAGGAGGAGGUGGCACGUGUCAAGGAGCAGCUGGCGUUUCAGGUUGAGCAGGUCAAGCGGGAAGCAGAGCUGAAGCUGGAGGACCAGAGCGUGCAGAUGGAGCAGCUGCGGCAGGAGCUGGAGGCGCGGCGGGAUGAGCUGGACCAGGCCCAGCGCUCGCUUGGCCACGCCAAGCAGGCAGGCACGGAGCUCAGCGCCCAGCUGGAGAUCCUGCAGGCUGAGAAGGAGCAGCUGAGGCGGUCAAUGAGUGAGAAGGAGUGUGAGCUGCUCUCAGUGCACAGCCUCGUCCAGGAGAAGGAGCUGCAGCUGAGCCAGGAGGCUGACAAGGCCUCCAAGGAGAUCUGUGAGCUGCAGGGCAGGCUGCUGGAGAAGUGCAAUCAGGAGCAGAGCCUGCAGCAGAAGCUGCUGGAUGAGCAGUUCAGUAUCCUGCAGGAGACAGUACGGGAAGCUGAGGGCAUCCUCCAUGAUGCAGUGGCCAAGCUGGAUGACCCACUGCACGUCCGCUGCACCAGCUCCCCAGAUUACUUGCUCAGCCGGGCAGAGGCAGCGCUGGAGUCCACAGACGCCCUGGAGAGCGGGCACGCGCAGUACAUGGCCUCCAUGGCAGAUGCUGCAGCACUGGUGGGUGCCCUGGCCCUCUUUGCUCACCUGACAGCCGACACCAUCGUGAACGGCAGUGCCACAUCCCACCUGGCUCCCACUGACCACGCUGACCGGCUGACAGAGACGUGCCGCGAUUGCGGGCAGCGCAGCCUGGACUACCUGGGCAAGCUGAAGGACAAGCAGACGUUGGGAUGUGCUGAGCUGGGGGAUGUGCGACAGGCGCUGCGGGGCGUCCUGGGGCUGGUCCAGGAGCUGAGGCCUAAAAGCUUGGACAUCAAGCAGGAGGAACUGGGGGACAUGGUUGAGAAGGAGAUGGCUUCCACCUCUGCGGCAAUUGAAGACGCUGUCAGACGAAUAGAGGACAUGAUGAGCCGGGCCAGGAACGAAAGCUCCGGCAUCAAACUUGAAGUGAAUGAGCGGAUUCUGAACUCCUGCACAGACUUAAUGAAGGCUAUUAGGCUUCUUGUAAUGACCUCAACGAACUUACAGAAGGAGAUUGUGGAGAGUGGUCGGGGGGCAGCAACAACUCAGGAGUUUUAUGCCAAGAACUCUCGCUGGACCGAAGGGCUGAUCUCUGCCUCCAAGGCCGUGGGCUGGGGAGCCACACAGCUUGUGGAGUCGGCAGACAGAGUUGUCUUGCAGACAGGCAAAUAUGAAGAGCUGAUUGUCUGCUCCCAUGAAAUCGCUGCCAGCACGGCCCAGCUGGUGGCUGCCUCCAAGGUGAAAGCAGAGAAGAGCAGCAGGAACUUGGGCAAGCUGCAGGAGUGCUCCCGCAACGUCAACGAGAUGGCAGCCAAUGUGGUGGCCUCCACCAGGUCGGGGCAGGAGCAGAUUGAGGAUAAAGACACCAUGGACUUUUCGGGCAUGUCCCUCAUCAAGCUGAAGAAGGAAGAAAUGGAGACGCAGGUGAAGGUGCUGGAGCUGGAGAAGCGCCUGGAAGGCGAGCGGGUGCGCCUGGGCGAGCUGAGGAAGCAGCACUACGCCUUGGCUGGGCCCUACGAUGCGGUGGAGGAUGGGGAGGCACGGCCAGCACCAGCCCCCAGGAGAGGCAUCCUCAAAAAGCCGGCCCUCGCCCAGAAGCCCGGCCACAUCCCAGGGCCAGGCGGGGAGGUAGGGGCUGCAGGGUGGGAGCACAGAGCUGGGGCUGCGGCUGUGCCUCAGGAGCCGUGAGCCGUGUCCCCUCUCAUUGCAGCCCGAGCGAGACGCCAGCCUGCACCGGGCACACGCCGUCAACUUCUAGCAGGACGGAGGGGGCCAGGCCUGCGCCAUCAGAGCUCUUACAUCUGUGUUUUAAACAGAUCGCCUUGCCUUGGCGUGCCUUCAUGCGUGGGGGUCUCCUCCUCACCCGGCCUGCGAAACUGGAAUUAUUAUUUUUCUUUUUUUUUUUUUUUCCAGCCAAAAACUUAUUUUGUUCCUCUCCAUGGAGCAGCUGGGCUCCCAGGCCCCACGGGCUGCCAGCCCCGCAGUUCGUUUGGUUUAAUUUAAUUUAGGACUUAUUUGGGUUGAUUUAUUUUAUUUUAUCAGCACUAGACGCCUUCAGUAAAUGUAGCUCUCCUGUACUGCUCAGACCCUUUUGAAGAAUGUGAGGUGUUUUUGAAGUAGGAAACUGUUGGGCUUUUCUUGCACCUGUAUUUUUUUUUUUUUUUAACUUCCCCUUCAGGAAUAUUUUGACCUUUUUUUGGUGUGGGAUCAGCUCUCAGCAAAGAGGGGAACGUCUCUUUUACUGGGCUUUCAGAAGGGAGAAAGCAGUUCCUGGCACACACUGGCAAUAAGGAUACAAUCAUCUUUUUAUUUCCUUUUCUAUUUUUUAUUACUACAGCAACACCAGAGGAGCAGUUGCAUUAUGUUUUAUAUUUAAGAUAAUUAGCAGAAUUAAAUCUAAAUGUGGCCUGCAGGAGCUCAGGUCCAUUACAUGUGGUGAAUUCUGCAGCAAUAAGGAAACCAAUGUGAGGAGUUGUGAGGGCACAGGAAACACAGCUGGCUUAUCUUCUCUUCGAACUGCUACUGGAUGUAGAUUAUUAAAGCAGCAAUAUUUAAA